UCUAUACAAAAUUAGUAGGUGGGAAGACAUGGUCAGCGGCGUCUGGUACGAAGACCAGCGACCUUACGAUGCGCGCGACAUCAUGAAAUCAGAGUACGGAUUUGGCUUUUCGGGACAUGUUGCGGCUUUCACCGAGCAAACCCAACUAGCAUGGAAACAAACGGCAGAAGAGUGGAACCACGUGCGAGCCUAUAACCAACAACGAGAAAAAGAGUGGGCGGCUGGGCGUUUGCUUGCGCUAGAAAAACAAAAGAGGAAACCACUCUCCGAAAUCAAGAAGGAGUGCGAGUACGUUCUUGACUGGUCGAACCAGGUUGCUAGUAGAGUGGAGGAUCUGUACACUGCGCAUGCGUACACGAUGGAAGAAAGCAACGAGACGGCGAUUGAUCGAUGCUACAGUCCCCUAGAUUAUUAUUUGCCUGGCAGUUCUUCUGAGCAAAUGCGGCUUUGGGGUACUUCUGCAGAAGCAGGUGAUGAAGUGUUAGAGCAAGCUACGUCAUGGAUCUUCAGCGUGCGAAAGCAAAAACGUGAGAAAGAAGCUGCUCGCUUACGGGCGAGUACUACAAUGGCGAUACUCAAGAAGAAGAUGGAGCAGGAUCUUCUCGAGCGGCGGGCGCUUCAUAGUGAUGAGAACAUCAUGGCAGAAAUUGAAAGGGAGAUCGACUUGGAGAAGGAAAAACAAACAAAGCCGAACAAACGCAAAGGGAAAGGAAAAGGAAAAACGUCUGUUGCUGGUGCUGCUGCGAAGAAGAAGAACGCAGGGCCUGGCGUGAGUGCUUCAUCUAGUACUGGAAGAAAGGACGACGAAGAAGACGAAGAGAAAAAAGAACAGACGAGACGUUUAGAGGAAAUCAAAACCAUCAUUGAGUACGACAGUUUCCUCAUAGUAGUCGUGGACAUGCCCUUCUCGAGCUUCCCGAAGACGAUGCAGCAUCGCUAUGGAUGGGCAAAAGGUGAAGCGACUUUAGACCGGAGUGUUUGGCUGUCGCAUUUGGUGGACAAAGCGGGCGCAGCAAAUGCAGAGCUCACAAUGGAUCAGCAAGCAAAUGAAUUGCGACAGUUCCUUGAUGAUCAUGCGGAUCCAGGUGUCUCCGCAGCCAAUGCAAGUCGUGGCGAGCUCCUCGCGAGUGCCGUGGUAGGAGGAGGUCAUGCUCAUGGGGAGGAAAACGAAAACUCCAACGAGACCAUUUUUUUGAUGGGAUACAUUUCGGGAGACGGAUGCUAUGGAGGAUUGCAAGUUCGUGGCAUAUACGUAGAAGGAUCGAGAUCUCUACAAG